AUGGACAACGAGUCGCAGUACUCGGGGUACUCCUACAAGUCGGGGCACUCGCGCAGCUCCCGCAAGCACAGAGACCGGCGGGACCGGCACCGCUCCAAAAGCCGGGACGGGAGCCGGGGGGACAAGUCGGUGACCAUCCAGGCCCCGGGGGAGCCCCUGCUGGAUAACGAGUCGACCAGAGGAGAUGAGAGGGACGACAACUGGGGCGAGACCACCACGGUGGUGACGGGCACCUCGGAGCACAGCAUCUCGCACGAUGACCUCACGCGCAUCACCAAGGACAUGGAGGACAGCGCCCGCCUGGACUGCUCCCGCCACGUGGGCGUCUCGCUGGGCGGGGCCCUGGCGCUGCUUUCCUUCCUCACCCCGCUGGCCUUCCUGCUGCUGCCCCAGCUGCUGUGGCGGGAGGAGCUGGAGCCCUGCGGCACGCCCUGCGAGGGGCUCUUCAUCUCCGUGGCCUUUAAACUUCUCAUCCUCCUGCUGGGCAGCUGGGCCCUCUUCUUCCGCCGCCCCAAGGCCUUCUUCCCCCGCGUCUUCGUCUUCCGGGCCCUGCUCAUGGUGCUCGUCUUCCUCCUCGUCGUCUCCUACUGGCUCUUCUACGGCGUGCGCAUCCUGGACUCGCGCGACCGCAACUACCAGGGCGUGGUGCAGUACGCCGUCUCCCUGGUGGACGCGCUGCUCUUCGUCCACUACCUGGCCGUGGUGCUGCUGGAGCUGCGCCAGCUCCAGCCCCAGUUCACGCUCAAGGUGGUGCGCUCCACCGACGGGGCCAGCCACUUCUACAACGUGGGCCACCUCAGUAUCCAGCGCGUGGCAGUGUGGAUCCUGGAGAAUUAUUACCACGAUUUCCCCGUCUACAACCCCGCCCUCCUCAACCUGCCAAAAUCCGUCCUGUCCAAGAAAAUGUCCGGGUUCAAGGUGUACUCGCUCGGCGAGGAAAACACGACGAACAACUCGACAGGCCAGUCUCGGGCCGUUAUCGCUGCGGCCGCCCGGAGGCGCGACAACAGCCACAACGAGUACUACUACGAGGAGGCCGAGCACGAGCGCAGGGUGCGGAAGCGCCGCGCCAGGCUGGUGGUGGCUGUGGAGGAAGCCUUCACCCACAUCAAGCGGCUGCAGGAGGAGGACCAGAAGAACCCGCGGGAGAUCAUGGACCCGCGAGAAGCUGCCCAGGCCAUCUUCGCCUCCAUGGCCCGGGCCAUGCAGAAGUACCUGCGCACCACCAAGCAGCAGCCCUACCACACCAUGGAGAGCAUUCUGCAGCACCUGCAGUUCUGCAUCACCCACGACAUGACUCCCAAGGCCUUCCUCGAGAGGUACCUGAGCGCUGGGCCCACCAUCCAGUACCACAAGGACCGCUGGCUGGCCAAGCAGUGGACGCUGGUCAGCGAGGAGCCGGUGACCAAUGGCCUGAAGGAUGGGGUAGUCUUCGUCCUCAAGCGCCAAGACUUCAGCCUGGUGGUGAGCACGAAGAAGAUCCCCUUCUUCAAGCUCUCAGAGGAGUUUGUGGACCCCAAGUCACAUAAGUUCGUCAUGAGGCUGCAGUCGGAGACCUCGGUGUGA